CAAAGGCGGAGGAGGAGGGACCUGUCACCACAGGCCCUGCUGACAGACUCCCUCUGCUCGUCGUCCCGGUCGGACGGCCGGGCAGCUCGGAGCGCCCGGGGAGCCAUGCGCAGCCCUCCGUGGAUCGUAGCCUGGGUGCUCCUGCUCCGAGGGCUGCCGUGCAGCGCCGCGUCUCCCCGGAGCGACAUCCGGGACUGCUCCGCCAACCCGCCGUACCUGCCCCCCACGGCCACGGAGACGACGGCGCGGCUGGCGGCUCUGCGGGGCGCCAUGCGGGCGCGCGGCGUCGACGCCUACGUGGUGCCGGCCACAGACGCGCACAUGAGCGAGUACAUCUCGGAGCGGGACGCCCGCCUGGGCUGGCUGAGCGGCUUCACCGGCUCGGCAGGCACGGCUGUGGUGACCCUGCACAAGGCUGCCUUGUGGACCGACAGCCGCUACUGGACCCAGGCGGAGCGGCAGAUGGACUGCAACUGGGAGCUGCAGAGGACGAUCUGGAUUAAGUCCAUUGGGCUGUGGAUCCUUGAGGCAGUUCCUGAGGGCGGGAAUGUCAGCAUGGACCCCUUCCUCUUCUCCAUCAACACCUGGAGCAGCUACAGCGAGGCUCUCCACGGCUCCGGCAGGACCCUGCUUCCCAUGGAGACCAACCUCGUGGACCAGGUGUGGACCGACCAGAGACCCCCUCCAGCCUCCAGCAAGAUCUACAGCCUCCCAGCAGAGUUCAUAGGGAGCAGCUGGCAGGAGAAGGUGACGGGCAUCCGGCAGCAGAUGGAGCAGCACGUCCAGAGCCCCACAGCUGUGCUGCUCUCGGGGCUGGAGGAGACGGCCUGGCUCUUCAACCUCCGUGGAGAUGACAUCCCCUACAACCCUGUCUUCUACUCCUACACGCUGCUGACCAACACCAGCAUAAGGCUGUUUGUGGACGGGACGCGCCUGACGGCGGAGGCUCRGCAGUCCCUGCAGGGAGCCUGCCCAGGGCCGCUCUGUGUGGAGCUGCAGGAGUACGGGCAGGUGCGCGACCACGUCCGCGACUACGCCCAGGGCAACGUCACCAUCUGGCUCGGCACCGAGUACACCACCUACGGCCUCUACGGAGUCAUCCCCGAGGAGAAGCUCCUGGAGGAGAGCUACUCGCCGGUGAUGACCGCCAAGGCUGUGAAGAACGCCAAGGAGCAGGAGUUACUGCGCGCCGCUCAUGUGCGGGACGCUGUGGCGGUCAUCCAGUACCUGCUGUGGCUGGAGAAGACGGUCCCRCAGGGGCUGGUGGAUGAGUUCUCGGGGGCACGGCACGUGGACGCGCUCCGGCAGGCCCAGGAGCACAGCCGCGGGCCCAGCUUCGAGUCCAUCUCGGCCAGCGGCCUCAACGCCGCGCUCGCCCACUACAGCCCGUCCAACGGGAGCAGCCGCAAGCUGUCUGUGGACGAGAUGUACCUGUGCGACACCGGCGGGCAAUACCUGGACGGCACCACGGACAUCACGCGCACYGUGCACUGGGGAGUGCCGACCCCCUUCCAGAAGGAAGCCUACACGCGCGUGCUCAUGGGCAACAUCGACCUGUCCCGCCUCGUCUUCCCCACCAGCACGGCAGGGAGGACGGUGGAGGCCUUCGCCCGCCAGGCGCUCUGGAAAGUCGGACUCAACUAYGGCCACGGGACCGGCCAUGGCAUUGGAAACUUCCUAUCGGUCCAUGAGUGGCCCGUGGGCUUCCAGUCCAACAACAUACCACURACGAAGGGCAUGUUCACAUCCAUCGAGCCUGGAUACUACCAGGAUGGUGAGUUUGGAAUCCGCAUUGAAGACAUUGCCCUCGUGGUGGAGGCGCAGACCGAGCACCAGACUGAGCAGGAGCCGUUCCUGACCUUCGAGGUGGUGUCCCUGGUACCCUAUGAUCGCAACCUCAUUGAUGUCAACCUCCUGUCAAAGGAGCAGAUCCAGCACCUCAACACCUACUACAAGACCAUCCGGGAGCGCGUGGGGCCGGAGCUGCGGCGGCAGCGGCUGGAGGAGGAGUACGCCUGGCUGCAGAGGAACACGGAGCCCUUCCUGCAAAGCGGCGCCGCCGCCGCCAGCGCCAGCCUGGCCACGCUGGCCACCACCUCCCUCCUGCUCAGCGAGCUGCGGGCCUGAGCCCAGCCCCGCCACGCGUCUCCUCCUUGCCAGGGCAGCUUCUUCUCCCCGUCACCUACUUCCUUUUUUCUGUCCUUGUGUGCAAUUAAAGAUGAGUAAUGCCAGUGG